CGACUGAAUCAUGAUCUCUUAUCUGGGCGUCGGAAAUGAGUAAUGUGGGCGAGAAGUGAACUGCUGCCCCGCCUCCACCCCAUUCCUUUGCACUUUAUAACUGCGCCUUGGAUUUCUUGAGCAGACUUCUUCUCUUUCCAUUAUUUUGUAUCCAGAGUAGCUGUUGUAUUUCCUGUCAUUUUUUGAAUCGGAAAACAAUUGACAACGCUCUUACCAAUCAUGCCUUCAGCCAUCUCCCCUGAACUUCCUAAGUGGAAGCGUCCUGCCAAGACGAGUGUUGCUCUGGAUUGGGCCGACAUCUCAGUCAUUGAUCUCUCGACCUUUGACGAGCCAGGCGGGAAGGAGAAGCUGGCUGAGGAGCUUCGCCAUGCGGUCCAAACCACCGGUUUCUUCAGCGUUACAGGCACAGGCUUCACAGACGAAGAGGUGACGCGCCAGUAUAGUAUCGGCCAGGCGUACUUCAACCGUCCGCUCGAGGAGAAGGCGAAGCCGGAAUUGAGAUGUGAUUUCGGGAAGGGCAAUUAUUUUGGUUACCGUGCUGCCAAUGAGAAACGAAUCCAGGGAACAGAGGUGCUGGAUAAUAUCGAAAGCGUCAACAUACCCAAGUUCAUCCCGCAACUGGCAUCCGAACCUCGAGACAGCUUCUUCGAUCCCUAUCUCUCUGAAAUCGAGGAGUUCUCUCGCCGCUCCCUCGCCAUCGCUUCCAAGAUCUUCACCCUCUUCGCCCUGAUCCUUGAGCUACCCCCCGACUACUUCUCCUCGCGGCACGCCUACGAGUCCAAAUCCGAAGACCACCUGCGCUACAUGCUCUAUCACCCACGUCCCGAAGAACAGGAUGCACUGGUCCAGAACACCUGGUCGCGCGCGCACACGGACUUCGGCUCUCUGACGCUGCUGUGGAGCCAGAACGUCGCGGGCUUGCAGAUCAAGACCUUCGAUGGCACGUGGAAGUACAUCCCUCCGGUCGACGGCGGCAUCAUCUGCAACGUCGGCGACGCGCUGCAGUUCUGGAGCAAGGGGUACCUGAAGUCGACGAUCCAUCGCGUCGUGCGCCCGCCGCCGGAUCAGGUCGAUGGCGACCGGCUCGGCUUGUUCUACUUCGUGCGCCCCGGCGACAACGUGGAUAUUGCGCCGGCGCCGUCGCCGCUGCUGCGCCGCCUGGGCCUGAUCACUGAUGCCGAGUUGCAGAAUGAUAGGCCAAAGGUCACGGGGUUGCAGUAUGUGAGGGAGAGGGUCAAGAAUUAUCAUGACCAUACGGAUUAUGCGGAUCGGAAGGGGCAGAAGUUUAGGGUGGGUGAUUUGGAAAUCGAGGAUGAGGCGGCGUAGGUAGCUGACGGAUAGCGGCGUUGAAUCUGGAGAGUAGCGCUCAUCCGAUGAAGGAUGUGUUUUUGAUCGGAAGUGACUUAGGCAGAUGGUGUAAAUGUAUAACUCUAGAAAAGAAUCAGUUCAAUGAGACAAGGUAGUUGUUGCAAGUACCUCAACUCCAAGAACUCACUCUUCAGAAUAGACGCAAGGAUG